GCGCGAAUGCAAAAUGGAAAAUACGUUCCUUUAAAAAUCAAAUUAUUUAAAUAAUCUAAAGUUGGACUUUAAACUUUAAUAAUGAGAAAACAUUAUGAAGGUUGAAUCGGGCAGACCUCAUUUCUGCAAAACCUUUCCGAGGACAUGUAGAAUUUGGAUAAUCAUAAAUGUAAAAUAAUAACGCGUCUGCUCGGAGGAGUUUGCGAUCUGAAAACGAGGCUAUGGAGGAUCUAAAACCGGAUCAAUCCGGUCACAAGCAAGAGUAUCCUUUGGCAUACCGGGAUAAAGAUGGCACAAUAAAAGUUUAUGAGGAGGGCAAAGAACCGUUUGUGUGGAUAAAAGAUGGGUCUGAGACAACUAAAAUUACUGAAGACAGGGGCAGUAACUCUCCUACAAGUUCGAUGUCCAGUCAGAUAUCCGGUACCGGUGAAAGCUACACAGAAUAUAAGAAAUCAAGUGGCAGUAGGACGGCAUUUCCUGAUGAAGAGGUGGUGGUCCCGUUAUCUCCCGUACCUGAGCUGGCGUUACCAUGGAAACGAAGACAUGAUAUUAUGCCAGACGACAUGGCUUUCCGGGAAAUUGACGAGCAUGCAAUGAAGGCUCCUCCAUUGGUCAAAGAAGAUCUAUCUCAGCUCGUGCAAUAUUUGUCAUCAGUGACUCGAACAAAUGUUGAACUGGUACGGGCAUUCUACGUCUGGAUUACGCAUAAUAUAAACUAUGAUACAUCCGGGUACUUUGGAAGAGCCCCCAUGCAGCCGACGGAUGUGGAAUCGGUUCUGAAAACGAGGCUUACCGUUUGUGAAGGAUACUGUAAAUUGUUUGAAGCAUUCUGCAGACAGGCAAGCAUUCCCGUCAAAAUUAUAUGUGGUUUUGCCAAGGCCUUUGGUUGUAAACCGGAAGAAGAUGUCACGAAAGAAAUUCACAAUGCGCAUGCGUGGAAUUCUGUAUUUCUUGAAGGUGGUUGGUUCCUUCUCGACGUCACGUGGGGUGCCGGAUUUGUAAAAGCCAAGGAGAAAAAGUAUGUUCCUAGGUUCAACAAUGCUUAUUUUCUUACCGAUCCGGAAGUGUUUAUAACGGACCACUUUCCGGCAUCAGUCCCUGGCUACUCAAACUGCGAAAGCGGAAGAGAAUGGCAACUUAUUUCUUCUAAACUUUCUAAACGAGAGUUUAUCAAUGUAGUUAAUUUCGAUAAACAUGGAAAAGAAUGGGGAAUAAAACCCGUGAGUCACAUACAAUCGGUUAUUCACAAUGUUGAAAAUGAGCUUGACAUAGUUCUUAAGGCUCAGUAUACGGAAAUGCUGGACUUCAUCGCGUUUUUGUACGAGGAUGACCGGAAACUAGAUCAGUUUACAUACACGUACAUGUUGAGUGAGAAAAAAGUCAACAUUCACAUUUGUUUGCCAACGACUGGAGUUUUUGCGCUUCAAAUAUAUGGACGACGUAAAAAAGAUGGCCGCCGCUCGGAUUAUCAACCUAUUGUGAAAUAUAUAUUGCAGUGUAUAAAAGCUGAUGAAGACACGGUUCCUUAUCCGGCGUAUCAUACGCUGUAUGGUCCUGUAGAAGAUUUACACAGUUAUGGAAUCAACGAGGUGGGAGCCACAUAUCAAGAAUCAGAAGAAGGGGAGAUAAUCAUUUCAGUAAAACCUACUCGGUAUGUUGAUAUCCUUCCAAAAUUGCAAUUUGGUAACCAUAAUGUCAACUUGAAGGAAUACUGUUUCGUAGACUACUCGGAUUGUUUCCAAUAUAUCAAUAUCAUUUUACGAUUGCGAUAUGAGGGAUAUUAUAAACUAGAAUUACUCACUACGCCAAAUGAUUCUAAAGAAUUCAGUCCAUUUGUAGCUCAUCUAAUAAAAUGUACAAAAGCCUGCACAGACGGCAUUUUCCCUACUACCAAAGAAUAUGCUCUAAAAUUCAAAUGUAGCAUUCUCGAACCUUUGUCAAAACAUUUGCCGCCAAAAUCAGAAGUUUUCGUCUGCGUCAAGUCGCCCAUUGUGAAAGAGAUGAAAUUUAACGAUUGUCGUCUGAAAAAAGUGGACUCUGUAACCUUUGAAGGAACAAUUAAAACACCUGCGGAAGAUUGUCCACUCUCGAUUGACGCAUGCGCAAAGGACGGCAUAUAUCAUACUCUUUAUACAUACGACACGGUUAUACCCCUUGAUAUGAUAUCAUUGAUUCCUUCAAAUUAUUCAUAGUACAUGUGUAUUUCGACAAUUAUAGCUUAACAGCAGAAAUUGUUUGCUCUUUAUCAUUUUAAGUGUUUUGUUGUACAAUUUGUUCUUUCAAUUUGGUAUGUUGAA